GAGAUACUUCAGUGGAGGUGACCGAGCAGAGUGACUCCUCACUCAAAGCAAUGGGCAUGACCCCUGGCUCCGACUACCUCAUUGGCUCCCGCGCCGCGACCGUGGUGGCAGCGAUGGUUGGCCUCGGCUACAACCUCCCCGGCUUUGUUUGCCCCAAAGAGAAGAGCAUAUUCGUCGGUGAGCAGCACGGGGUUGAGAGAUGGAGGCGGAGAUGUACCACUGCUCUUCAUGACCAUAGUGCUGAUCUUUAUCAGGGAAGUGAAGAGGCCCGUUGGCCGUGUUGGCAGGUGAUGGUUGGCCUCGGGUACAACCUCCCUGGUGGGUUAAGCCCAUUCGCUGUGGCUGUAUUGUGGUCUGGGAGUCAAGACGUUGACCUGGUUGUUUAGGUUCCAGUGGCACGAUUUAU